AUGCCUAAACCGGACAAAGCAGCUCCCGUCCCGCUAAACCCUAUCGGCGACGAAGAUCUUCGGGGAAUUUUUGGCCAGCCAUCGCAAGAGCUCACAAUGGCUGCUGCGCAUGGCGAAUUAGAAGAAAAUCAGGGGAAAAAUUCAAACCUGAUCUUCAACGCUUUCCCCGAAAGCAACCACAAAACUUCUGUUGAAGAUGGCGUACCUGGCGAAGACAGCCCUAAAGAUGCCUUUUCGGCGCCCUUGCAUCGCAAGCUCAAGUCGAGGCAUUUGCAGAUGAUUGCCAUUGGCGGUAUCAUUGGACCUGGUAUUCUUGUUGGUUCUGGAAAUGCAUUGAACAAUGGGGGACCAGCAGGAGUUCUGAUUAGUUUCGCGUUGGUUGGAAUUAUUGUUUUCUUCGUCAUGCAAGCACUCGGUGAAAUGGCUACUCUUAUUCCCGUGACCGGUUCUUUUGUGGAAUAUGCAGAGAGAUUUAUGGAUGACAGCGUCGCAUUUGCUUUGGGAUGGGCGUAUUGGUACCUAUGGGUUACAGUCCUGGCCAAUGAGUAUACUUCCAUUGGUCUUGUUAUAGGCUACUGGACAGAUACUGUUCCUUUAUGGGGCUGGAUCCUCAUCUUUUGGUUCUUGUUCCUUGGAAUGUCAAGUCUGGGUGUUCUGGUAUACGGCGAAGUAGAAUUUUGGUUGGCAUUAAUCAAGGUCAUAUCACUGAUAGUCUUUUUCAUCCUCGCCAUAUGUAUAAGCUCUGGCGGUAUCGGACCUCAGAAGAUCGGUUUCAAAUACUGGCACGAACCCGGAGCAUUCGCUGAUUCGAUCAAUGGUGUUGCAAAGACUUUUGUGGUGGCUGGAACUCUGUAUGCCGGGACAGAAAUGGUCGGUAUCACUGCUGGAGAAUCAUCAAAUCCACGCCGCGCUGUUCCCAGAGCAAUUCGCCAAGUCUUCUGGCGCAUUCUCGUCUUUUAUCUAGGACUGAUGUUUUUCAUCGGCAUACUGAUACCAUAUAAUGAUCCCGGCUUGCUCUCUUCGGGAUCCAAAACUGCCAGCUCGCCAUUGACCAUUGCACUUACUGAAGCAGGGAUAUUGCCCGCUGCUCAUCUGAUCAAUGCGCUUAUUGCUAUUUCCGUGCUGUCAGCAGGGAAUAGCUCGCUAUACGUCGCCUCGAGAACCAUCCUAUACAUGGCAAGGAAUGGAAAAGCGCCCAGAUUCCUGGGUGUAACAAACAAAGCUGGAGUUCCCUGGGCUGCAUUGAUUUUCACCAAUGUUUUUGCUUGCAUCUCGUUUCUCGAUUUAUCGUCGAGCGCUGGUGUGCUUUACUCGGCUUUGAUCACUUUGUCAGGAGUGGCCACGUUCAUAGUAUGGGGAUCCAUCAGCAUAGCCCAUAUUCGCUUCCGCCGUGCCCUGAAAGCCCAGAACCAGGACCUUUCCCUCUUGCCCUACCGUUCGUCAUUUUAUCCUUAUGGCACAUACUUCUCGGUUGGAGCGAACAUUUUCCUGGUUUUCUUCCAAGGAUACACGGCGUUCCUCAAUCCGUUCAGCGCAAAGGAUUUCGUCAUCAACUAUAUCCUUAUACCCGUUUUUCUGAUAUUAGUAGUGGGUUACAAGUUCUGGAACAAGACCAAGUGGGUCAAACUCGAAGAGAUGGAUAUUUGGAGUGGAAGAAGAGAGGAGGUGGUCCAGGAUGUGUCCAGGGCACAGGGAACGAAGCCAAUUGACAAGGGGAAGCUGUGGUGGAAGAGGCUGGGCGAUGUUUUUGUCGGUAUAAACACAGACGGCCCAUCAGUUUUCCCGGACAUUCCUUAUCUUAUCUCAAGUUUCUGCGAUUCAAAUCUGCCCAACAUGGCGGACGCCGUCGCUGAAGGCGUAGCCAAGCUACAGCUCGACGAGGAGACUGGCGAGAUGGUCUCCAAGGGCGAAUUGAAGAAGCGCAUCGCGAAGCGAGCAAAAAAGGCGAGCAAGGCGCAGCAAACUAAGGCGCCUGCCCCCAAGACGGAAAACGCCCCGAAGCCAAAGCAGGAGGAAGCUCCAAUUGAUCCCGAUUCGAUGUUCAAGGAGGGGUUCCUCGCGAAAGUCUACGAAGAGAGACCGACGGGGCCAGACACUGUGACUCGGUUCCCACCUGAACCCAAUGGAUUUCUACAUUUAGGCCAUGCCAAGGCAAUUGCGAUCAAUUUUGGAUUUGCUCGUUACCAUGGUGGAAAAACAAAUCUUAGAUUCGAUGACACCAAUCCGGAGGCCGAGGAGGAGGUAUAUUUCAGUUCUAUUAUCGAAAUUGUCGAAUGGCUUGGAUUCAAACCUCACGCGAUCACCUACUCGAGCGAUAACUUCGAUAGGCUGUACGCACAUGCUGAACAGCUCAUUACCCUCCAAAAGGCAUAUGUCUGCCACUGCCCUGACACAGAGCUUAAGUUGCAGCGCGGCGGAGAGAAGGGAACUUCACCUAGGUAUCGCUGCCAGCAUGCCGAGCAAGAUGUGGAGACCAAUCUCCAGAAGUUCCGGGAUAUGCGUGAUGGAAAAUACAAACCGCAAGCGGCUUUCCUGCGUUUCAAACAGGAUAUCGAAAGCGGAAACCCUCAGAAUUGGGAUAUAGCAGCUUACCGGGUUCUGGCAAAACACCAUUACCGAACUGGUGACAAAUGGGUUAUUUAUCCGACCUACGAUAUGACUCAUGGAGUCACGGAUAGUUUCGAAGGAAUUACCCACAGUCUUUGCACAACGGAAUUUUACCAGUCGCGGGAGAGUUAUGAGUGGCUCAACAAGACUCUUUCCAUAUACGAACCAAUGCAGCGCGAAUACGGCCGUUUUAAUAUCACAGGCACCAUCAUGAGCAAACGUGGGCUCAAAAAGUUGGUUGAUGAAAAAUACGUCAGAGCAUGGGACGACCCAAGACUAUACACUCUGAUUGCUCUAAGACGGAGAGGCAUACCCCCUGGAGCUAUUCUCUCGUUCAUCAACGACCUAGGCGUAACUACGGCGAAUACACUUAUCCGGCUGACCAGAUUCGAACAGAGUAUUCGCCGAUACCUGGAAAUGACCGUCCCUCGCCUUAUGCUGGUGCUUAAUCCUCUCAAGGUUGUGCUCGAAGAUGUGGACUCGCUUGAAGAGAGCGUACGUGAGGCCAAUGUUCCUUUCUCUCCUAAGAGUCCCGAAUUUGGUUCGCAUAAAGUUCCCGUCACCAAAACCGUUUACAUUGAUCAUUCCGAUUUCCGCGAGGUGGAUAGCAAGGACUAUUUCCGCCUGGCACCGGGUAAGACAGUAGGCCUUCUCAACAUGCCAUAUCCCAUCACGGCAACCAGCUUUUCCAAAGAUGCGGACGGCAAAAUCACCGAAGUCCGAGCAGUUUUCAACAAAGAAGGAAAGAAACCAAAGACAUAUAUCCAGUGGGUUCCAGAGGGCUCGCGGAAUGUCGAAGUUCGCAUCCAUACUGCACUCUUCAAAUCGGAUGACCCUAGCUCUGUCGAAGGCGGUUUCCUUAAUGACAUCAGCCCCAACAGCGAGGAUAUCUAUCCCGAUGCCCUCAUUGAACCUGGCUUCGAGGAAGUUCGUCGGAGAGCGCCAUGGCCUGAAGCAGAAGGAGAGAAAGAAAAGCAUGGUCCAGAAAGUGUCCGAUUCCAGGCCCUGCGUAUUGCUUACUUUGCCAUGGAUUCGGAUUCCACCGAGGACAAGGUGGUGCUGAACCGAAUCGUUUCCCUCAAAGAAGACAUUGGGAAGAAGUGA